AAUUUAUAUGAGCAAUAUCCCACCAUCAUAACAUCCCCAAUAAAUCCCAUAAGCCCCACAACAACCAUACUAUGGAUAACCCAGUUAUGUUUAACCAUAUGGUGCUCCUCUUUCACCAUUAAGAUAUUCAUAUGCACCACCCGUCGUUCAAUAGGUUGUCCCUUAAACCUAUGUACCUCAACAAGUUGUUGCUUAACCAGUUGUUGCUUAACCAGUUGUUACUCAACAAGUUGUUGCUUAACCAGUUGUUGCUCAAUCUGUUGUUGCUCAACCAACAAUUAAAGGAGAGAGCAGAAUUGAAUAUGUUCCAUAUGAGAAAACUGUGCUUGAAUAUGAAGAAGUGAGAUAAAGAAUCUAAGUGCCAAGAGAGAAAUAUGUUACUGAUUAUUAUGCAGUUGAAUAUCAAACAGAAUAUGUACCAUAAGUCUUCUAAGAAAAAUAUACAGGUACAACAUUUAAAAAUUUAAAUUUUCAGAAUACGUUCCUGUAGAUAGAUAUUAAGAAAGAGUUGAAUAUUAUCCAGUGGAGAGAUAAGUUGUUCAUCAAUAAGCUGUUUAAUAAGUUGUUGCUUAACCAGUUUAAUAAGUUGUUGCUCAACCUGUUUAAUAAGUUGUUGCUUAACCAGUUGUCACAUAAUCAGUUGUUUAACCAGUUCAAUAUGUUCAAUAACCAGUCUAAUAUGCUCCAUAACCAGUUUAAUAUGCUCCAUAACCAAUUUAAUAUGCCCCAGCCCCAGUUUAAACUGUUCCACUUUAAUAAACAACUUAUGUUCCCCCUCCAGUGGCUAGUCUACCAUUAGCCUAAACCUAAGUACCAACCAGAACAGUCCCAUAAGCUAGACCCUAAUAACCAUUGGAUAGAACAUAAGUAUUAUAUUUUAAUUUACAACAGGCUUAAAACCCAAGAGCUAACCCAUAACCAACCCAAUAACCACAAUAGAAAUAAAAGAGCUUUUUAGACAGACUCUUUGAUAGAGAUUGAUUAUCAUAAUCGUUUAUAUAACAUAUAAGCCAU